AUGAGAUGGAUGACAAAAACAAAUCUUUGGAAUAUUUUUCUUACAGCAAUGGCGGCUUUCAACGUUGUGCUGGGCUGUAUAAUGGCUCUUCUCAUCAUAUUGUUCACAAUAAGUUCCAUAGCCCGAUAUUAUAUAAAGUUUACUUUGUUCCUGGUGCUGUCUUUAAUAUUUGCAACACUUCCGAUACCCCUCAUGUUAUACCGACCAUUUGAUCCAAGAAAUGCAUUGAUACCAGCAGCAUUAUUGAGGUUUUCGUCGAGAUUGCUAGGGAUACGGUGGACGGUGCGGGGUCUAGAAAAUGUAGAUGACUCACGAGGCGCCGUAGUGUUGCUAAACCACCAGAGCAGCAUCGACCUCUUCGCUCUAGCGGUGCUAUGGCCUCUUAUGGCGCGUUGCACGGUGGUGUCCAAACGAGAGCUUCAAUACCUAGUGCCAUUUGGCACUGCUUCUUGGCUAUGGGGUACGGUUUUCAUUGACCGCGGUGCUCGAUCUGCGCACUCUGUCCUGAACCAACAGAGUAAUGCUGUUCGGGAACACAAGCGAAAACUGCUGCUGUUUCCCGAAGGGACUCGACAUUUGGGGGACAAGCUUUUACCAUUCCGAAAAGGCGCCUUCCACGUUGCGAUGGACGCGCGGGCCCCUAUCCAGCCUAUCGUUGUUUCGAAAUAUCAUUUCUUGGAUGCAGACCAACCUCGUUUUGGAUCCGGCGACGUUGUAGUAACCAUACUGCCAAUUAUCGAGACUGAGAAUCUGCAAAAGGAAGAUAUUCCAAAUUUGAUGGAAAAAACACAAUUACUGAUGCAAGAAGAAUUCACAAGAACCUCUGCUGAGACAAAACCAAGACUUUCUCUUUAA